AUGGAGACUUCAGAAGGAGCUGAACUCUGCUUUCCACAACUCAACAAUUCCUGCAGGAAACCCAUGCCAGCUCAGUCAGAUGCCAUGCUCACUUACACCCUGUUGUCCUUCAUCUCUGUGCUCACUGUAGCUCUCAACCUGCUGGUCAUCACCUCUAUCUCCCACUUCAGGCAGCUCCACACCCCCACCAACCUCCUCAUCCUCUCCCUGGCUGUCUCAGACUUCUUCGUGGGCCUCCUGCUGAUGCCUGUUGGAAUCCUUUUAAUAGGUGCUUGCUGGUUCCUGGGUGACCUAAUGUGUGCUCUGUAUUAUGUUGUAUGUUUUUUCAUUACAUCUUCUUCUGUUGGAAACAUGGUGCUCAUAUCAAUUGAUCGUUAUUUGGCUAUUUGUGACCCUCUACGUUACACCACCAGAGUUACUCUGGACAGAACAAAAGUCUGUGUUUGUCUGUGUUGGAUUUGCUGUUUUCUCUAUAAUUGUCUAAUUGUAAAGGACUUUCUGAGACAACCUGAUUUAUAUAAUUCCUGCUAUGGAGAGUGUGUAAUUGUCCUUAACUAUAUCACAGGAGCUGUUGACAUUGUGUUUACCUUUAUUGGCCCCGUUACUGUCAUCAUAGUUCUGUAUAUGAGAGUGUUUGUGGUGGCGUUCAGUGGUGGAACUGCUAAGAAAUCUGAGAUGAAAGCAGCCAGGACUCUAGGUAUUGUUGUAGUUGUGUUUCUAAUGUGUUUCGUUCCAUAUUACUCUCCAUACCUGAAAGGUGAGGAUAUUGAAGAGAGUAGUUUAUCCUCACUUGUUCCAGUCUGGCUGCUGUAUUUUAACUUUUGUCUAAACCCAGUGAUCUAUGCCUUCUUUUACCCCUGGUUUAGAAAAUCUAUCAAACUCAUUGUUACCUUUAAGAUACUUCGGCCUGACUCUUGUGAUGCUAAAAUACUGUAG